AUGGCGGUUUCGCCCAACAACAAUACCAACCACAUAUUCAAUGCAAUUCAUUCAUCGAUGCGCCAAUGGGGCUCCUCCCUCAAUCAUAAUGGCAUGUCCUUCUUCCUCGCCUCCGUCCCUGAAGGAACAACCCUCUAUCACGGAUCUUCUCGCCCAAAUACUCUCGUCGAUAUCGGAUGGAUGGCAUUCGAUCCCGAGCAUGCCUUAGUAUUUGCCCGACCACCGCACCACCCGAAACAUCCUCCCCACGAUGAGCGAGCUCAACAGAAAGUUGUGGUGUCGAAGCACGGGGAUUCAAUGGAAGACCACGCAGGUUGGCUUCAUACGUACCAAACUAUCAAGGAACUGAGACUUGUGUAUGUCGAUGGGAUGUCGGCUGGAAAGUCACAUAUUGGAACGCUGGAUUCCCAGGAUCGCAUCCUUUUCAACGAUACCAUCCCGUAUGGCGGCGUUAGCCAGGAAACCGAGCGUUCAAAGGCAGUCUGUCGGAUCUCAGCUGAGGAAUGGGACAAUCGGAUUGAUGGUGUCAUCCGCAUGGCUGGUGGAUUCGAGAUCAUACUCUGUGCACCAGAGGAGAACUUGGUCGCGGAACGAGUGACAAAGUCCCGAAUUCACAAGCCGAAGCACCAUGAAAAUCACAAGCCAAAGCAAGGCAAGCCGGACGAGCUUCUACGUGUUGUGACUUCAAGAUACAACGGAAUUGGAGGAGAUCGCGUGAAGGUCAACUAUGACCACUUUGUCUCUGUAUACGAUAGUGAUCUCAAUGUCUUUCCAGCAAACAGCACACACAGCACACGCCCUCGACUGGCACAUCUGUCCAAAGCAUCGAUCCAGAAGAUCAGACGGCGGCUUACAGACCUGGUUAUGGAUUACGAUGUACACGGAAAGGUCAACUGGCGGGCUGUUGCCGAUAUGACCGUCCAGCAAUACGGACGCCGUCUACCAGAUCUAGUCUCCUCUCCUCGUUUCAGAACCAUGGAGUCGCUGAAAGCAGAGAUUGCACAAAUAUGGGAGUCGUUUAUCGACUUGGAUUAUUCCAGUCCGGAAGUUGAAAUCCAACGCUGCACAAACCGAUUCAUUCCACAUGCUGCUCCUAAAACCUCGCUAGCCCAUAACGUGACCCAUACCAUCAACGAGCAGAUCUGCUCUACGCUCGCAACGGUUCUGUAUGACGAUCAUAAUUAUGUAGUUGCAGUUGGUCGUCUUCAAGAGCUGAUGGAUUAUCUUUCUUGGACUGUAUGGAAGGAAUGUCGCGAUUGCCGGGAUGAUGAGUUUUGUGCUAUUCCGAUUUGGCCUCAAGGGUCGUUGGAGGAUUAUGAGGAUCCGAGAUGUCAGCGGUAUGAUUCUGCGUAUGCUGGGGAAAGUGAUUACUGGGGACCUAUCUUUCAUUGA